AAGCAGUGGGCAGCGGAAAAACGAAAAUUGCAUAUUAGAAACCAGUAAAACGUCACUUCCUGUCUACCAAAUUGUUUGAAAAUGGCGAACCUGCAUAGGGAAAAGACAAAUGAAGAUCUAUCAACUUUAAGCCGGUCUGGAACUCCAGUAAACUGUUUGCCAAAGUUACCUCCUAUUAUUACCAGUGAGAUUGAUAGAUCUUUCCUGCUAGAUUUAAAUGACUACAUUAGAUAUGAGACUGAUAAACUGGCACAUGGUGAUGAUGAUCAAAGAUAUACUAUAUAUAAGUCAGUUUUCAACAGGAUUAUCGAACAUGUUUCUGCAUACAAACCAUUACUGACAGCUAUUAAAAAAGAAUAUGAAGAUACUAUAGAAGCCAUUAAGAAAGGUCAAAGGGAGGCAGAUUUUUUACAUGGCAAAUUAAAGGCCAUGGCAUCAGAGCCUUCAACCAUCAGGAAUUAUAGAAAAAGAGCUGAUGAAUUGGACGAAAGAAUUUUAGUGAUCCAAAAAGACAAUGAUAGAUUACAGAAAGAACUGAAUGAACUUCAGCAGAAAAGAAAAGAGAGAGAAGAAUUAGACAGAGAAGUUACUGAACCACCAAAGAGAGAAUUGAAAAAAGACAGUCGUAUGAUUCCAGGGUUAACAUUAGAAGAAUCAACAGAUCUAACUCUUCUAUACAGAAAUUAUGAAAAGCUUGACAGGCAAUUGAAAGAACUUAACAUAAGUUUUAGAACAAGAUAUGUCCCUAAAUCUCACAAACUUGAAUUAAAAGAGAGAUUGGAUAAUAAAGUUAAUGAACGAGAUGACCUUUUAAGGCAAGGACAGAUAUAUAGGUACAAAAGGUCAAAGCUAAAAAUAGCUGUGGAAGCAGCCCAGGCUUACAACAGAGUGAAGCCCCCUCACCAAACUGUUGGAGAUGCUGUUAUAUUUGCAUUAGCUCAGGCUAGAGGUCUACAGAAACAGGAGAAGGUUGAGAAACUGUUGAAGCAUUGGAAAGAUUAUGUAUCUCAUGAUCAAAAUUUUGAACUAUCUCCUGGAGAAGGACAACAACAAAGGGAUGGUUCACCAUCAGCUCCACAAACACUCACCACAACAUCGUUUGAUGAUGAUGAUCCAAGUAAGGAAAAAGAGGCUGAGAUGAUGUUAGAAUACAUAGAAAAAUUCAAUGAAUUGUUUGAGGAUGGGAUGUAUGAAGAUGCUGCUAUUCAUGCUGCUAACAGUCCAAAAGGGAUACUUAGGACAUCUGCUACACUGGCUAAAUUCAGAGAUGUAAAAGUGCAUGGAAAUGUCAGAAGUCCACUUCUUGCUUUCUGCGAUGCCGUUAUGGCAUCUGUGAGUGCAGUAGGAAGUAAGCCAAACCACAAAUUGUCUGAUGAAUGUGUAGAAUGUGUGUUAAAUGAAAACAGAUUAGAUCUAUUAGCUCAUUGGAUAGCACAAGAUAGGUUAUCACUGAACCAUCAGAUUGGUGAUAGAAUUGUUGACCAUUGUAAUUGUCAGGUUCCGUGUAAGUGUAGUUGUCAAGCCUUAGCUCAGAACGUCUACAGUAAACUACAUCUAUACAGACAGGCUGUAAUCUGUAUGCUAAAACAAGGACGGGUCCAUACUGGAAUGGAAUACGCCAAACACAAAUAUCCAUUGUCAAAACAAGAAUAUUUAGAACUGCUGAGAACAUGUCCAUCUUUACCAUUAAUGCAUUCAUUAGUUGAAGAGGAUGGUGAAGGAACACGGACUUUGCCCCUUGGUGUAGUGAUAUUGGUGCUCUUAGAAAAUAGUCAUUUUGACCUUGUGAUAAGAUUCAUGCAGGAUUUACAGAAUACCCCAUCUACAGAUGAUCAGAACACUAGCUUAUUUCAUUCAGCCAUGAUGGAUGAUAUGGAUACAACAGCAGAUCAAUGGGACAGUCUUGUCAAGCUUCUACAGGACCAGGGUUAUGAGGAGACAUCAGUUAAACUCUUGUCAUCAAUACAUGUACUGUCUGCAGUAAAAACUGUGUUAUAUGAUAGUCUUAAAGUGGAAUCACCUGAGAAUGAGCCUGCAUCAUAGUGGAUGAUUGUAUGAUCAACAUAUUUUGAUCUAUAGUUAUAUGAAUUUUGGAAAUUAAAACAAUAAUAUGAGAAGAUUGAAUUAGUUUUGUGUGUAAUUAAAGUGAAUGUAAACAAACUAAGAAAAUAUUGAUUCUUUUUUAAUCAUAGGUACAAAUG